AUGUCUCCGGCACAGCUGGUGGAGUUCGCGUGGGGGCUCGCGAACAGCGGCCAGACGUUCCUGUGGGUCAUCAGGCCCGACUUGGUUGUUGGCGACACGGCGAUCUUGCCACCGGAGUUCUCGGCCACGACAAGGGAGCGGAGCCUGCUGGCGAGCUGGUGCCCCCAGGAGCGGGUGCUGAGCCACCCCGCGGUCGGCGGGUUCCUGACCCACAGCGGGUGGAACUCGACAAUCGAGAGCAUCGCGGCCGGCGUGCCAAUGGCGUGCUGGCCAUUCUUUGCGGACCAGCAGACGAACUGCCGGUACAGCUGCGAGGGAUGGGGUGUCGGGAUGGAGAUCGACGGCGACGUGAAGAGGGACGAGGUGGAGAGGCAGGUGAGGGAGCUGAUGGAGGGGGAGAGAGGGAAGGAGAUGAAGAGGAAGGCGAUGGAGUGGAAGGAGAUGGCGCGAGAGGCCACGCGUCCUUCCGGGUCGUCGUUCUCGAACUUGGACGAGGUGAUCAACAAGGUGUUGCUGUUGCCGAGAAGAGAUUAA